ACGGCAAUAAACGGUGAGGGCAGUUAUCAGAGCACGCCAUUUAACUCCAAUGAGAAACCGAAACUACGGGGAGACACUGCCACCGCUGGCGAUGACGAAGGACACGGGCAGCAACGGCGGACGACCCCAUCGACUGGAUCCGCAGGAACUGACAUGAUGGAUGAUCCUGCAGCUUCUGCUGCCAAUAAUAACCUCGUUGAUGAUGAGCCAUUAUUCGUCAAUGCUAAACAAUAUCAUCGGAUUCUCAAGCGACGCGCUGCACGAGCUAGAUUAGAAGAAUUGCAUAGAUUAUCCAAGGAACGGAAGCCUUAUCUGCAUGAAUCUCGUCACCGCCAUGCUCUCAGACGACCACGGGGUCCAGGAGGUCGGUUUUUGACCGUUGCUGAACAGCAGGAACUCCGGGAAAGGGGGCAAACGCAAAAUGGUACUCCACGACAACUACACUACCCGGAUGAACCUAGUUCCGAGAAACAGCAGCCUCAACUCUCAGGACUCACAGCAUCCAUGCACGAAUUCGGACAGGACCCUUACGAGUUGAUGUCUGCGACUUAUAAAGAGCCCGCUGCUGGGUCGAGUGACGGGUCCGUUUUAUACGGAGGUUGGAACAAUGGGGAACGAGUAUAGUGCGUCACGGUAGAUUGCACUUAUUAAGGCUUCGUUCGGUAGAAGAAAUGAGAGAGAAUAUUGAAUUGAAAAACUGGAAGAAACAGGCCUGUUUCUUCAUACCGAACGAAGCCUAAACGAUCCGCACGCUUGCGGGUCUCACUACUGAGUAAUCUUGUAGCAUUAUCAAGAUCUGGUUUAGGCGUUGUAAAUAUUAAAGGUGUAUCAGCU